AUGCCUGAACCAUCAAAACCAGUGCCCAGGAAGGGCUCAAAGAAAGCAGCUAGCAAAACAGCCAGCAAGUCAGGCAAGAGGAGAAGAAAGAACAGGAAGGAGAGCUAUGGCAUCUACAUCUACAAGGUCCUGAAACAGGUCCACCCUGACACCGGCAUUUCUUCCAAAGCCAUGAGCAUCAUGAACUCCUUUGUGAAAGACAUCUUUGAGCGCAUCGCAGGUGAGGCUUCUCGUCUGGCACAGUAUAACAAACGCUCAACCAUCAGCUCCAGGGAGAUCCAGACUGCUGUCCGCCUGCUACUGCCUGGAGAGCUGGCCAAGCAUGCUGUGUCUGAGGGAACCAAGGCUGUGACCAAAUACACUAGCUCCAAGUAA